UAUGACAUUUAAAAAGUCUUCGGUAGAAAGAGCUGAGAAGGAAAAUUGAAAAUUGUAAUAAAAAAAAACAAACUCCGUGUAACGUGUUUUGUGUGGUUUUGAUGAAAUUCAGUCAUUUGAUAUUCAUACAAUAAUUUCCGUGCUUUCAUAUAAGUGGUUAAUUGAAUAAUUAUUUACGCCGGCUCUCAUACAUUGCUAUUGUUGUAAAUAAUAAUAUAUAAAUUGCAAAUAAUAGUUUGCAUGUAAUGGGAGAUAGCGACUGGAGACCUUUUAUUUAUGGCGGCCUCGCGUCUAUCGUCGCCGAGUUCGGUACAUUCCCCAUUGACACAACAAAAACUCGCCUGCAAAUCCAGGGUCAGAAGAUAGACCCUCGGCAUGUGGAACUACGUUACACUGGCAUGGUGGACUGUUUUGUGAAAACUUCCCAACAGGAGGGCAUAAAGGCACUGUAUUGUGGAAUCUGGCCGGCGGUGCUCCGGCAGGCCACGUACGGCACCAUAAAGUUCGGCACGUACUACUCGCUGAAGCAGGCGCUGGCCGCGCGGCGCGCCGACGGCGGCUCCAAGGAGCACCUCCCCACCAACACGUUCUGCGCGGCCUUCGCCGGCGGGCUGUCCAGCGCCAUCGCCAACCCCACCGACGUGCUGAAAGUUCGCAUGCAGGUGGGCGACGAGAAGCGCAACCUGGUGCGCGGCUUCGCGGAGAUGUACCGCGCGGAGGGCGCGCGCGGGCUGUGGCGCGGCGUGGGGCCCACCUCGCAGCGCGCCGCGCUCAUCGCCGCCGUGGAGCUGCCCGUGUACGACGCCUGCAAGCGCCGCCUCACGCCGCCGCUGGGCGACGCGCCGCUCAACCACCUGCUGUCCAGCCUGCUGGCCAGCCUCGGCAGCGCCGUCGCCAGCACGCCGCUCGACGUCGUGCGGACGCGACUGAUGAACCAGAGGAAGACCAAGGACGGCGCGGUCGAUUCCGGCGUGAGGAUAUACAGGGGGACGAUGGACUGCUUCGUACAGACGGUUCGGAACGAGGGCUUCCUGGCUCUGUACAAGGGUUUCGUACCCACGUGGCUGCGGAUGGGUCCGUGGAACAUCAUAUUCUUCAUCAGCUACGAGCAGCUCAAGCGAUUGUACUGAGUGAACUGAAAGAGCCGCGACUAGCAACGCGGAGCGCCACCCACCGCGCACUCGACGGGGCGUGAUGUAACAAUGAUGACGCGCAGGUCUUUCGUAGCUGAACUCUAGUAUUCAUGUUGUCCAAUGCUUUAUAUACCAUUUAGCAGAAUUAGAGGUUAGGUUGAAUGUUUAAAAAUUAGUUAUUAAUAUAUUAAUCUCAAUAGUAUCUCGA